UUCAACAAAACAAAUGCAAAUGAUCCAAUUGUAGAGCUGUGUACCUCCGUAUGGACCCCCUAUUAUUUGACUGAUAUACGUGCUCGCACUAGUGGUUAGUACGACUUACAAUAAUAAUAAAAACCACAACGCAAUGGAGCGCCCUGACGUUGUCCGCCCGCUGGGGCACAUAGAGAUGUACUCAUCAUCUCGCCAUGCCCUUGGCUUGUACCGGGGCAUAGCAAAUGCAUGCCAGUACGUGGUUCCCGCUCAGGCGUUGCGGUCAGGGUCUGGAUCCCUCAAGGCAGUGGUCGAGAGCGCGUUGGCGCGGACCAUCCUCCGGCUGGGUUCCCUGAGGGUGGGAAUAAUCGACGAAGACACGAAUAAGCCGUGUUUUACGCAUAUUCCCUCCAUUAAUCUCCAUGAUAUUAUCGAAUGGACAGUGGUAAAACAAGGAGGCGGAUCCUCGGAUUUGGAAUCCGAGCUUCUGAGGGUGAUAGAGAACCGGCUCGACCAGGCGUGGUGUGACAUGCACCUCCGCCCACCAUGGAAAUUGAUUGUUGUUGAGGAUUCCCGACGGUCCGCGGGCGGCAAGGAUCCUGUGGUCUUGGAAAUGGUCUUCGCGGCGCAUCAUGCUAUUUCUGACGGCAAGAGCACCGCUCUGCUUCACGCCGUGCUUCUGGAGGAGUUGAACCGAGCCAGCGAGCCGCCAUCGACGCUGAGGGACCACGUGCUCAGUUUCCAUGACAGCCCGGUACUUGCACCGACGCAGGAAGAACUUGUGAAGUUCAACAUAUCCUGGUCGUUCCUCUUCAGGUGUUUGUGGGACGAGUUCGGACCUGCCUGGCUGAAGAGCCAGGUACCCGAUAGGCCGUGGACGGGAAAGGCCAUUGCUCUCGCCCCGAACGGGCUGAACCUGCGUUGCGUUACCAUCCCCUCUGAUGUGGUGCAACUGGUGCUCACCGCAUGUCGGUCACACAGCACAACCUUUACCGCACUACUGCACGCCCUCGUCCUGUGUUCUCUCUCGGCCCGAGCCCCUGCCAACGUUGCCACCGCAUUUAGCUCAAGCACAGCCAUCAGCUUGCAGCCUUUUGCACGCCUGCCCCCCGGCGUUAAUAUGGACCUCUCUAAGUUCAUGACAGACAUGAACACGGCGAUGUCGCACAAGUUCGGCGCCCAGGUCGUGGCCGAACUUCGGGGAGUGGAGCCUGGAGCCUCCAAGGAGAAUCUCGUGUGGCGCUCAGCGGAGGCGUUGCGGGCUGAAAUACAAAGGCGACUCGACACGCUCCCAGACGACGACAUCACCGGCUUGUUGGCCUGGGUGGGCGACUGGAGAAAGCACUGGCUGGCCUUGAUCGGGAAACCGCGAGAUGAUACCUGGUCCGUCUCCAACAUUGGCUCGAACCGCUACAACGGCGGCAGCGGUGGCGACGCCGAAGGAUGGCGGAUCCAGAGGUCCAUAUUCACGCAGCCCGCCAUGGUUGCCGGCCCUGCCUUUGCCGUCAACGUCUCGGGCGUGGACGGCGGUGUAAUCACGCUGACGUUGAACUGGCAAGAAGGAAUCGUCGAGGCCGGGCUAAUUGAGGGCAUUGCCGGGGAUCUACAGGCCUGGUUCAAGCAUUUCAAGCAGACCCAGACGUUCGGAGGUUUCAGAGGCUGCAGCUCGUAAAUCAGUCGCGACUUCCCGUCUAAGAGACCUUCCUACCUAUUUAAUGAGGUACCUAGCUACAGAUGAACCGAGGUCAAUAUUGUAUUGGAAUGUACGAAUGCUUGGCGCGUCUAAAUCUGGGAUGCAGUGGGCUAGCCACCUAGAUACGCAGUCCCCGGCAGCAGCUCGAAAGUUACCUAGCUUCCUGUUUGACUUGGAUUGUCAUACCUUGGUUGCUCUGCCUUGGAAGGGAAGGGAGAAAUACGAAGCUUCUUUUUCCGGGGUCGUGACUGCCCCAGUGAAGGGAAAAAAAAAGGGGACCCCUCACUAGGUAAGCACGGUAAGGCAUGGAACCUGAAAAACGCCCAAUGGAUUCCAGCCAGCCCCUCGACGUUUCGUUCC